ACAAAGCUUACUCAAGCUAUUGUGUAUCAACAUGAUGCCGCUCUACAACAAAUUGGUUCACAACAUACAGUUCUUUCCUGAACUGUGAGCGCUGGGGAUUGGGAGUGUCAUUGUGGUGCUCUUCUCGACCCGCUUGGGAGCUUUGAAUUGAGAACGAAAAUGAAACUCGAAUUAGUAAGGAAGCUCGAGAGUUGACCGUCCCGCUGCCAAGUCUUUUGUCUAAUUUUAAGAUGGAUAAAUGGAAUGGAUGUCUAAAUAACAUGAACUGGACUUGGUGAAGCAAUACUUCUUUCGAGCGGAUCGGCAAGGCUGAGAAAGUGGCUUGUGCGAAGCGGGCAAGGCCACCUCGAAGUCUUCAACUCCGAGUCAGCACAACAUUUCCAACAUCGUCCACCAAGAACCAAGUGCAAUUCGAAACCAUGUCACGAACGAAGGCGGCAGCUCGGAAAGGGCCCGCAGGCCGUGCGUAUCGAGAGAACAUGAAGACGCCCGAGGGACGACAGCGGAACCAGGAAAACCAAAAGCGAAAUAAGGAGGAGAGAAAAGCCGCCAAAGCAGCCAAACGCGCCCAACACCAUGCCGAAACUUCGGCUCCUCUCCAACGUCUAGCUGGGGGAAGUAAGGAGGACGCGGGGAAGAAACGUUCGGCAGUGAUCAAGGAAAUUGGGGAGUCUAUGCCGUUGGAUUCUGCGAACGUGAGAAGUACGACCAACAAUCCUUCCACCAGCUCGACCGAUGCUCCGAAGAUGGGAACGGAGCUUGAGAAGACCCACGAUGUCACGAGUAUGAGCAUUAUAUCCUCGUCACACAUCCAGCAAAAAGUCACUCGAGCCCUCGACAUCCUCUCCGAAUACCCCACCAUCCCGCCAGCGAAGCCGAAAGUCGUGAUGCUUUAUUCCAAAGCUGCUGUUGCGUCGAAGAUGAUUUCAGUUGCCGAGAUCGUGAAGAGGGAGAUUGUCAAGAAUGGUGGAAAGUGGUUUCAGUACAAUAAGUUGGGUCAGGUUAUGGAGGAGAAAAGGCAUAAGGAAGGAGAUGCAAAGAAGGAGAAGGGUGCUGGGGCAGAUAGAUCUCUGGCUGAGAAUGAAGAUGAGGAUGCUGGUCAUGAGAGUGAGGGGGGCUUUGAGACUAUGAAGACUCCGUUUGAGAGGGCGAUUGAAGGAAAGCCGAAGAUCAGGGCUAUUCCGGUCAUGGCGCUGUGUCUCUCGAGGGUACGGAUUGAUAGUUUGAGGAAGGACCACACCGAGCAGACGAAUGGCUUGGAGCUCCCAAAGCGUUGAGGUUCAGUUGCGUUGCACGUGGGGACUUGAAAAGGAAUCGGCGUUAGGUCUACAAAGAUACCCGUUGCUGGUGCUCCGGAAGAUAGCACGCAAUAUGCGGACAGAAACACUGUCAUAUUCAAUCGAUCAUGCCCUUUCUGACGAAGCUUUUAUGUGACCGA